GACAAACUGAAGCAGUCAACAAGUGUUUAGAGGGCUACUUGAGAUGUAUUUGUGGUGAUAGGCCAAAGCAUUGGACUACUUGGUUACCACUUGCCGAAUAGCGGUAUAACACUAAUUUUCACAGCUCUAUUAGGACUAACUCCACCACUUCAUGAUCUUCCCUAUUUUCCUCAAAGUUCAAUGAUAGAAGCUGUGGACAGGAGUUCGCAGGCAAGGGAAUCUGCUAUUCGGCUGUUGAAACACCAUUUAUGUUUAGCUCAACACGAGAUGGAGAUGCAGAAAGAUAAGAAGAGGUCAGAAAGGUCUUUUAUGGUUGAUGCUCGGGUGUAUAUUAAGAUGCAACCUUAUAGACAGCUUUCAGUAAGAGGGAGUGACUACUCAAAGGUUAGUCCUAAGUAUUUUGGACCAUUUCGUGUAGUAAAGAAGAUUGGCCAGGUUGCAUAUCAGUUGGGGUUACCACCUAAUGCUAAGAUUCAUAACACCUUUUAUGUGUCUCAGUUGAAGAAAAAGGUGGGGAAUAGACCAGUUCUUCCUUAUCGUCCAGUUUCCUUAUCCUCUAAUGGUUAUAUACUGUAGGAGCCAGAAGCUAUCAAGGAUAUGAAGAUUUUCCAGAAAUAUCAUAGAGCUGUAACACAAGUCCUUGUCAAAUGGUUUAACUGUUCAGAAGCUGACAACACUUGGAUGGAUUUGCAAGAGCGGCAGAGACAAUUUCCUCAUUUUAAUCCUUGAGGACAAGGAUUCUUUCAAGGGAGGAGUAGUUGUUAUAUGCCAAUUCAGAGAGUUAAUAGAGCCAGGAUUAGUUUGUUAGUACAAGGGCAUAUUUGUCAUUUAAUAUAAAAUGUAAUUAGUUGAAAAGUGGUUAAGGGCUACGGGAGUACAAUUUCUGUUACACAUUUCAGUUAAGAGAGUUAGGCAUUUCAAUUCAUUCAAUUGUUGCGUAUAAAAGUAGGGGAAUCUUGUAUCAUUGGAAAUUAUGGUAAAUAAUAUCAUCUCGAUCCUUCUCUCUUCUUCUUCUCUUUAGUUUUCUUCAGCAAUUCUUGUUCAGGAGCUAUUCUUUUCAUUUGGUUCCUUAGAGAUUUGCGACUAUUUCCUGCGACUCAGUUUUGGUACUAACAUUAGUUUUUCCUUGAAGCUAUCUUUCUUGUCCUUUCCUUUGGUUUGUUUACGCUACCAAGUAAUUGAUCUGCCUCUUCAUCGUUCAUUACUGUAUCCUGCAUGGUUUCAUUUGCUAUUGUGUUUUACUGAUUGAUCUACACUUCUCUCUCUAUUUUUCUAGAGAGAAGGCAGAGGAAACAAAUUUUUCCUAUUCCAUUCUUUCUCAGCUUCUAUUCCACUGACUUGUCAGAUUGAAUACAUAUUCUGCUAAAGUAAUUGACUAUAUUGAAAGAUACUCUGCAAUAUAAGGAAACAAACUUACCUUUCCUCCUAGUUUGCUGUCACUUUGAGCUCUCUGUUGCAAAUAAUUGAAAAUUUAGCCACUGUCAAGCUUGCUCUUCCCAUCACUCAUCAAAGUAUUUUUCUUCCAAAAUAGCUAAAAUUGCUAUAAACAUAUCCUUAAAGACUCCUCAUAGACUCCUUGAAGAAAAGUUCAUUACUUUCUUAAAAUCAUGUAAAACUAUAAAGCAAGUCAAACAGAUUCAAACACAAAUUAUAACUCAAUGUAUUGGCUAUACCCAAUACAUUAUCCCUCCUCUUUUGUUAAAAUGUAUGGAGUUAAGGCAUAUUUCCUAUACCCACCAUGUGUUCGAUCAAAUUCCUGAGUUAGAUGCUUCUCCUUUUAACAUAAUGUUCAAAGGGUAUCUCCAGAAUGAUAUGUACAGAGAUGUAGUAGUGUUGUUUCGGAGAAUGAUGGAUGAAGAUGUUAGGCCGAAUUGUUUUACUUUUCCUAUGGUUUUGAAGUCUUGUGUAAAGUUGUUAGCUUUGGUAGAAGGUAAACAAGUGCAUGCUGUUGUGCUAAAGUUUGGAUUUUUGAGUAAUAGUUUUGUGGGUACUACGUUGAUCGAUAUGUAUUCGACUGUGGGAAGAGUGAAAUGCGCUUAUAGGGUGUUUAAUGAGAUGGUUUUACGGAAUGUGUUUACAUGGACUUCUAUGAUCAACGGAUAUGUUGCCAAUGGCGAUUUGGCAUCAGCAAGAAUGCUUUUUGACUUAGCGCCUGAGCGAGAUGUUGUAUUAUGGAAUAGGAUGGUUACAGGAUACAUUGACUGUCGGGAUAUGGUGGAGGCUAGAAAGCUUUUCGAUGUGAUGCCAAAUAAGGAUUUAAUGUCCUGGAAUACUUUGUUGAAUGGAUAUGCUAAUAGUGGGGAUGUUGAGGGGUGUGAGAAGCUUUUCGAAGUGAUGCAAGAAAGAAAUAUUUUUUCCUGGAAUGGUUUGAUUGGAGGGUAUGCUCACAAUGGACAUUUUAAUGAGGUCAUUGAUGCCUUUAAGAGGAUGCUAAAUGAGUCUGAUGUGCAGCCUAAUGAUGCCACUCUUGUGAAUGUGUUGUCUGCUUGCACGAGAUUAGGUGCUCUUGAUCUGGGUAAGUGGGUGCAUGUAUAUGCCGAGAGCAACGGCUAUAAGCACAAUGUGUAUGUUGCCAAUGGGUUGAUUGAUAUGUAUGCAAAAUGUGGGGUGGUUGAUAAUGCAGUUGAUGUGUUUACGAGCAUGGAUAAAAGGGAUUUGAUUUCCUGGAACACCAUCAUUAAUGGCUUAGCAGUGCAUGGUUGUGGUAGUGAUGCCUUGAGUUUGUUUGCAGAGAUGAAGAAUUCUGGAGUUAAACCAGAUGGAAUUACUUUUAUUGGUGUGUUAUGUGCGUGUUCUCACAUGGGUUUAGUUGCAGAUGGUUUUGCCUAUUUUAACUCGAUGAUGAAUGAAUAUUCCAUCGUGCCUCAAAUUGAGCAUUAUGGUUGCAUGGUUGAUCUGUUGGGACGAGCUGGUCUUUUGGAGCAGGCGGUGAAUUUUGUGGAGAAGAUGCCUGUACGAGCCGAUGCUAUCAUUUGGACUGCAUUACUUGGUGCAUGUAGAAUAUACAAGAACAUUGACUUUGCGAGACUAGCUCUUCAGAAACUUAUUGAGCUUGAUCCGAAAAACCCUGCAAAUUAUGUUAUGCUUGCAAAUAUCUGUGGUGAUGCUCGGAGGUGGAAAGAUGUGGCAGAGCUGAAAGUGGCGAUGAGGGACACUGGGUCCCGGAAGGUACCAGGAUGCAGCUUGAUUGAGGUUGAAGAUGAAGUGGCCGAGUUCUAUUGCUUUGACGAGAGGCAUUCCAAGUCAAAAGAGAUAUAUGGAGCCUUGAGAGGAUUGAUGAAGGCAUUAAGAUCCUCUGGAUAUAUUCCAGACUUCAUGGAGGUUGGUCAAGAAAGUCCAGGAUUUAUAAUGGAUUAAAAGUUCUUUGUUUCUUGAACAUAUCGCGAUUUCUUUGAUCAAAAUCUCUUUAAAAUGUUUCAUCAGUAUCACUGCAGUCCAAAUCUUGUCCACUUCAGCCUUCAGAUGUUGGAAAAUGAGGUGUAAGUUUGUCUCGUUUCCUCGGUCGAGUGCAUUGAUAGUUUCAAAAUACACUAGUUUUUCUUUGAUAUUCAUUGUUCUGUAAGGCAAUGAACACUUGAGUUGCUACAUGGCGCACCAGUCACAUUACUUCAAUGUAAGUGUAAUUUAGAAUAUUUACACUAGUUCAAAAUCUAACUUCUGGAAAGAACUGGCCUCUCCGAUUGUCACUUAGGCUUUGAGGAGGUAAGGAACAAGCUUGUCCGAUUCUCACUUAGGCUUUGAGGAGGUAAGGUAUCAUGUCCCUCCUUCAUGUAUUCAACUUUAGAUCUUAAUAUACAAGAUAGGGGUCAAUGCCAAAUCCCUCAUCACCACGGGUGGGUAGAACCUGAGGUUGAUUGGCUUUAAUUUAGAAAAAAAAAAGGUUGUAUACUUCAAUUGCUUAUAUCAUGGAAUACCCAUAGUGCCUGCACAUCACUUUAUGAAAAUGAGAGGAAACUUGCCAGAUUUUUCCAUUACAGGUUACUGAUCAUGUAGUAGUGUCUUCUAUAGAAGCUGCAUAAUAAUGUUUGAAAGCCUCUUCAAACUAAUUUUAAUUUGCAUUUGGCCUGGGAAGAUGAAACAAAUGCGGACUUGUAUAGAAUCUGAAUUUGGAUAGUCAUUUCUAGUUAUGAUAGGUGAAAAGCAUUGCUAUUUUAGUUAACAUGAUAAUCAAAGGGUUUGCAAUUUCAUGAGUUACUUCUUUUUGAUAUAUGGUGUUUGGAUCAGUAAUAUAGCAUUCAAGCUGGCUCCUUUUCAAGCAUUUGACUCUUGAUAGUUAUGUCU